GCUUCCUUCUGUGCCUCUUUUAUAGAUUGGCAUAGAUCCUCCACGGGGCGUGUUAAUGUAUGGGCCCCCUGGCUGUGGAAAGACUAUGCUGGCCAAAGCUGUGGCCCAUCACACCACAGCUGCUUUCAUUCGGGUAGUGGGGUCUGAAUUUGUGCAGAAGUACCUGGGUGAGGGGCCACGCAUGGUCCGGGAUGUUUUCCGACUGGCCAAAGAGAACGCACCGGCCAUCAUCUUCAUCGAUGAAAUUGAUGCCAUUGCCACCAAGCGUUUUGAUGCCCAGACUGGAGGUGAGUUGGCAAGCGGAAACAGCUGAAUUUUGAAAGGCAGC